AAUUUGCUGCAGUGAACAAGGACCACUGAUCAGGGUGCUUGACAGGCCAUUCCAGAGCUUUGCAAGAGUGCCGAGAAUGACAGCUCACAGAGCGGAAGCCGCAAGCAGUGCGUCCGCUACGGAUGAGUCCUUCUCGCCUUACAAUUUCGUGGCGGAUAAUGUCAAGGUAUAUCCCGCAUCGUCCGAACGGGACGUUGACGAAGCCGGCGCUUUGCUGGCGGUGAGGUAAGCGCAUACAAUAAGCACAUGCUAUCCGUUCGAACAAUCAAUGUGUACUGCGCUGACAGACUCGAUUACGCAAUUGCGCCGCACAGCUAUCCCGAACAUGCCCAAUACAUCUUUGGCGAUUUGAAGCAUCCUUCAAUGAAAGCAUAUCGGGCAAGUCAGCUGCGUCGGGGAAUCGCAGCCAUGCAUCUAUCAGGUCACGCUUCAAACGAAGCCGCUACUGCGCAUGGGACAUCCUCAUCGCCCUGUCCCGUCACCCGCGUGCUCAUUGCCCGCGAUGCAACGACGGACGAAUUUCUGGGUGUCAUUGUCUGGGAAGUCCUCGGGGAGCGGGUGGACGCAGACGUGCUUCAAAUCGCUGCACCGCGAGGUCAGCUCUCCAGCGAACUGCCCGAAAUAGGUCCCUACCCUGUCGCGCUUCACCGGCCCGCUUGGGAUUUGUUUGCCGAGAGGAUGGGGACAGCUCAAGAGGCAUUCGUGAAAGGUAGAGACACGGUCUUUGUGAAAUACCUCUCUGUCGCACCGAGCGCCCAGAGAAGAGGGGUGGGCCGUAAGAUGAUGGCGGGUGUGUUCAGGGAUGCCUGGGCUCGCACGUUCGAGUCAUCAGCUCUACAGCCAGACAGCAGCAUCUCUCUGGGACCCUUUGUGUUUCCAAAUCCUGGCACUCUGGCGCGGCCUCCACGACCUCAGAGACUGGUGUACUUGGACGCAGCGCCUACUCCAGGAGCUGUGCCCUUCUACACAUCUUUAGGAUUCAAAGAAAUGGGCAGAUUUGGCGUGCCAGAGCUCAUUCCGGAAUGUCCGCAGAUGAUCAGUAUGGGCUGGGAUGGUACAUUAGCCGACCGAGCCUGAAGCAACCAACGGCCAUGCACCCGUAUCUAUUCUAUCGUAGUCUCUAAAGAAA